AUGCAGCGUAUGGAGACCACGAGAAACAUUGCGAGCCCUAGCCCUCAGAUCUGAACAACAUCUCAUUCCAACGCCAUGGCCAGCUUUGACGAAGCCCCUCCCGGCAAUUCCAAAGCUGGAGAGAAGAUUUUCAAGACCAAAUGCGCUCAGUGCCACACUGUCGACAAGGGUGCUGGUCACAAGCAAGGUCCCAAUUUGAAUGGGCUAUUUGGACGGCAAUCUGGCACAACUGCUGGAUACUCUUAUUCUGCUGCCAACAAGAAUAUGGCCGUGAUAUGGGAAGAAAAGACCUUGUAUGACUACUUGCUUAACCCCAAGAAGUAUAUUCCUGGAACAAAGAUGGUUUUCCCAGGGCUGAAGAAACCGCAGGAUCGUGCCGACCUUAUUGCUUAUCUGAAGGAAGCAACUGCUUAAUUGCAUAAUAUAUGGUUGAUGCUUCUUCCAAUCUACAAUUUUUUGCUAUCAGUUUUCCCCAUCAUCGUUAAAAUAAGAACAUUGAGAGGAGAGGAACCUUAGAUGAAAAGUUGGAGGUGGUCACACACACACACACACUUUUUUUUUUCUUUUUCAUUAAAAAAUUCUUACUUCCCUUCCUCGCUACACUCAUUUGCAGAGUUCACCCCAUUUGUAGCUUACAUUAUUGUUAUGUGAACAUAACUGCUACAAUUUUUUUGGCCAACCCGGUUCUGCCAACUUAUUUUCUCAUAAUAAAUGUCACACUUGUUAGAGACUACC